GGCCGACGGCGUGACAGAAAGGAAAACGGAACAGAGGGAGAAAUUGUGGGGCUUUCAGUUUCAACAGGCGUGGUGACGACGUGAGAGAAGGUGGAAUAAUCGCCUUCGGAUACCGAGGGAGAUAAGGAAGGCAAAGAGAGGAUCCGACAGCAUGCGGAGUUAUCAUGAUCACAUCGUCAAGUUAUGCAGGCAGCAGCUCGAAUCUGAGACGGGACAGAGCUGAAGACCCCACGUACGGCGUACACGGCACCAAGGGCAGUGCCAUCUCCCUCAAACACAGUGAGGGAGAGGUAUUGAGAGCGAACGAUGCCGAUCUGAGGAAUAGACGGGUUGCUAUUCACAGUUCGGGGGGAGUUAAUGAGGAUAAUGAUGAUACUAGUGAUGAUGUUAAUGAUGAUGAUGACAAUAAUGGUGAUAUAAUUGGGGAAGGCUAUAAUGACAGUGAUAACAAAUUGUUGGAAUCCUUGGAAUCACCUCGAAAGGGUGAUGGUGAUCAUGAUGAUGAUGACGUUGAUGAUGAUGAUGGUAAUGGACCGGUGAUGGCGAUGGUGGUAUUACCACCGGAUACACCAGGGACGGUACGUCGGUGUGAGGCGUCUGAUUUGUGGGAUCCGACAGUGCGUUUUUUGGACGACAUGGUUCCUAAUGAUGAAUUACGAAGCGGUGCGGCUGAAUGGUUGGAGACUAUAGAAGAUGGCGGCCGCCGUUUACCGGAGGAUGUGGAUAUUUUGUGCUCGAGCCAUGGUGGUCGGUUGGGGGCUGUAGGGGGGACAGUCACACUUGCGCCAUGGCUGGAGGACAUGAUGCAGAGCAUGCUUGAUAUCAUUUGGGAGUUGGAGGAGGGGCCGGAUCCUUCGCUGGAGGAGUUUGUUGAUUGGCAUCAAGAUGACUUGCUCAUGCACAGAUGCUACGACAUCUUUAGGAACGGCCAGGAUCGCUGUGCUGCUUUGGAGGCGGGAUUGUCGUCUGUGUCAACAACUGAAGACAUCAGAGGCAGCAACAGCUUCAGCACCAACAUCGACUGCAACGACAGUAACGACAACCACAAUAACAACGGUAAUAACGUCAACAACAACAACAACAACAACAACAACAACAACAAUGAGCUCACGAUUAUCAACUACAACUCUCUUGGUGUCUUGAACGACAACUGUGGAGGUGACAUCGCUAGCAGAGGGAUCGUUGUUGGAGGUGGCGAGAACAUCAAUGAAAACGGCGGCAAUGACGAUAACAUUUUCAACAACAACAACGACAACAACAACAACAACAUCAACAACAACAACAACAACGAUAAAACCAACAACAAACAGCUCAAGAAUAUUGACCACAGUUUCCUUGCUGACGACAACUGCGGAGACGAAAUUGACGGCAAAAGGCUCGUCGACGAUAACUGUGGAAAUGGAAUUGUUGGUCAAAGGAUCGAUGAUAAUACCGGUGUUAUUGGGAUCGACGGCGCAGUUGCUGGUUGGCAGCGGAUGGGCGUGGGUUAGUUGGCGAGGAUUGGAGUUGUCCGGUCCGCAACUCCAAUCAUGCAGGGGUGGUGGCCUCUCUGGCGGUAGGGGGACUGGUUAGGGUUUUCUUCGAUAUCCCUGUUUAGUGUUUGAUGAUUACUAUACAGUGUUUGAUGACUGUUUCCCUAGGAUGGUUGAUGCGGAGACUUGUCAUUACGGUUAGGGUUGGGGUGUCGGGAAACGAUUGUGGUUUCUGGCUUUGCCGUGUUUCCCCCCCCCUUCGUUUGCUGAUGAUCACUUUACCUACCAGCGGAUGGGUGGAGCACGGUAGGGUAAGGAAGGCACGAUUUAUGAGUAGUUAAUCCCCUUUCUUGAGGGCAAUCAAUGCUGCUCAUCAUC